AUGGACAGGCCACAGCAUUUGACUGGUAUAAACUUGGUGAGGGACAUCUGUGGAGGCCGCCUGGUGAACGCCGUCAUUGGUUCGACGGAGAUUGAGUUGUACCCCGGUCCCAUUCGGGGUGGCGUCUUCUCUGCCGACACUGGCACAGCUGGGAGUGUUGUGCUGCUCCUUCAAGCUGCCCUGCCGUGCCUGCUGUUUGCCGACGCACCAUCUGUGUUACGCCUUCGGGGUGGAACCAAUGCAGAGAUGGCACCCCAGAUUGACUACACAAUCUCGGUGUUUCUGCCCGUAGCAAGAAAAUUUGGAGCUUCAUGCGACAUCAAAGUUAUCAAAAGGGGCUACUACCCUAAGGGAGGUGGCCUGGUCGAGGUGUGUGCCCAGCCGCUUGCAGGGGUCCUUCAACCACUAGUCCUCACUGAACCUGGCCGUGUGGUCAGAGUGACGGGCAGGUCUUUCGUCGCAGGUCAGCUCCCCCUCAAGGUGGCCCACAUGAUGGCCGAUCGGGCGGUGGACAUUCUGAGGGAGCAACUCCUGUCGUCUGUCCCUGUGUCUGUGGAACGCCUCAAAGAACCCGAGGAGAAGGCUUUUGGCACAGGAAACGGUAUAAUUUUGGUUGCAGAGUCUUCAACUGGGAUGAAGCUUGCUGGCAGUGCACUUGGAAAACGAGGUGUGAUGGCUGAAGCUGUUGGACAAGCAGCAGCGGAAGAGCUCUGCCAGGAACUGAAACACAAUGUUUGUGUUGACAAACAUCUCCAAGAUCAGUUGAUUGUGUUAAUGGCACUUGCGAAUGGAACAUCGCGAAUUCUCUGUGGACCUCUGACAUCGCACACUGAAACUGCCAUCUAUGUUGCCCAUCUAUUAACACAGGCCAAGUUUAAACCUUGCCCACAGGAGGGCGGCACUGUACUCCUUGAAUGUGCUGGAGCUGGCACCCACAUACCGAAGCUGCAGUGAUGACUGCAACAUUAUGCAACUCUGUUUUGUCAAAGCUGGAAGUAGGGUUCCUGUGGCAGGUUCAUGAUGGAAAGUAAAUAAUAUUUUGGACUUCAUGAAAA